GCAGGCAGCUGUUACACUGCCCUCAGCAACAGGUGAGGUCCUACUGAAAACACACCUGUUACCAAUCAUGAGGUCCUGACAGUAAAUACCUUGGAAGAUGCAAAGCACUGCAGAUAACAGAGCCCAGCAGUAGAGAGGGACUGCUGGGGAGAAACACUGAGAACAACGCUGCAUUACAGUCUGCCUGGUAGAUUGUAACUGUGGUUCAGCCUGAGAUGAAGCUAGACUUAAAAAAUAGCAUGUCGAGGAUCAGGAAAGUCUGCAGGGAUAGGGGGAUGAUACGUGGUUCAUUGUGGUGGAUUGGAGCUGCUGUAGUGUUUUUUCUGCUGAUUUUGAUCUUAGGCGUGGUGGCCCACAAUUCCAGUGCCAUCGGUCAGCGGGACUUGAAGUCUGAGAGCCUGAUCCAUAGCCUGAUGAUGGACAGAGACACUAUGAGAGAUGAGCGAGACCAACUGAAGACUAACUCCAGAAACCUGACAAAAGAGAUGAAUGAGCUGCACAGCCAAAAUAAUGGGCUGCAUAGCCGAUACACGGAGCUGCAGGGCCAAAACAAUGGGCUGCAGAGCCGAUACACGGAGCUGCAGGGCCAAAACAAUGGGCUGCAGAGCCGAUACACGGAGCUGCAGAACCAAAACAAUGGGUUGCAGAGCCGAUACACGGAGCUGCAGGGCCAAAACAAUGGGCUGCAGAGCCGAUACACGGAGCUGCAGAGCCAAAACAAUGGGCUGCAGGACCGAUACACGGAGCUGCAGAGCCAAAACAAUGGGCUGCAGAGCGAAAACAAGGAGCUGCAGAGCCAAAACAGCAUGCUGCAGAGCCAAUACAACGCUACGGCUGAAAGUCGAGAUCAGCUACAAAAGGAGGUCAACAGGUUAACUGUCAACGUAACAGGUAAAACUUGUUUCGAAGGAUGGAAACCAUUCGGAGACAAGUGCUACUUUUUCUCUGCUAAUGGAGUGACUAAAACCUGGGAAAGCAGCAGAAAAGACUGUAAAGAGAGAGGAGCGGACCUGGCGAUCAUAACCUCUCAUGAAGAGCUGAAUUUUGUCAGCAAACUUUAUGGCGUAACCUGGAUCGGUCUGUCAGACAGGGCGCAAGAGAACAAGUGGAAGUGGGUGGAUGGGACUGACCUGGUAGGUGACGGUUACUGGCAAGACGGGGAGCCCAAUAAUAGUGAUGGAAAUGAGGAUUGUGCUGAGGUCUCGCGUUCAGCAAAGAGAUUUAAUGACGUGCCUUGUGAGAGAAAAUUUUCAUGGGCCUGUGAGGUUUAAGGUCCAGUGGGCAGCCAUUCGUUUGUCUUUCAGUUGAUGCCAUUUAGGCCCUCCCAUCCCAUUGUACAGUAUUUUUUUAUCUGAUUAUUAUUUCUCCUCCUGGAAAUACUGUAGAUAUGCUAAUAGACAGUCUGAUAGCAACUCAUCUUUUUUGUUCAUUUAUUUUUCUAAUAGUUUUUUAUUAAGUAAAACGCACUUAAAUAAAUGUAAAGGUGAUUUAUCCAGUAAAAAUGACACAGAAUUUCCUUUAAUCUUCACAUUAUAGCUUAUUGAUAGUGUAUUCCUGCUUUUA